AUGACCCAGGAGCGGGAUGCCGCACGGCAAGAAUUGGACCAGCUGCUGGCCUUGGAUGCCCUCCGAGAGACACCGGAGCAGCGCAUGGAGGAAGUGAGUCGUUUGCGGGAGGAGCUUGGCGAAGUGGCCGCCAUUGCCUCACAAAACGAAGAGGAGCGUGAUGCUUGUCGAAAGGAGCUGGAUGAACUGAAAACCGACAAGGUGCCUAACUUAUUGCAGGAGUUGCAGUCAUCGAAAGAGGCGCACCAAAUAACCUGUAGCGGUUUGGAAGCUGAGCUCCAAAAGUGGAAGUCAGAAGUUGAAAAGAAGGCCAACAUAGUCUCUGAGCAGGUGGAGGAGAUCCUCCAAUGCCAAGACCAACUGGACCACAACAAGCUGGAAGCAGAGAAGGCUGCAGCGACCAUUGCAAUGCAGACCCUGGAGCUAAAUAGAUGGAAGAAGGAGGUGGAGAACAAUGCCCUCUUGCUGUCGCAGCAAGCUCAGGAGUUGGAGCAGUGCUAUUCAGAACUGGAGCUGCGCAAGAAACAGGGAAAUGAGAAGAGCGCGGCAGCUUUAGCGAAGCGAAUCGAGGCUGAAGAGGAGUUGGAAUGCUUCAAGAGAAAGUAUCAAAAGAAUUUGGCCGUGAUGUCCCGACAAGAUAAGGAACUCGAAGCGUGCCAAGCAUCAGUGGACUCCUGGAAGGCUGAAGCUGAGGGACACCUCCAGGUCAUCUCGGAGCAACUCGAGGAGCUUCGGUCUGCCAAAGAAGAGUUUGAAAUCAUGAAGCAGCAGAAGGAGGACGUCGUGGCCAGCGCAUCUAAACAGCUGGAGGAGCUCCGUGCCUGUUGCAGCGCUGCAGAGACAGCUCAAGCUCAGCUAACCAAAGUGUCGCAGGAGCUAGCUGAGUGCAGAGCGAACGCGGAUCAGUUGCGUGCUGCUGAAGCAAUGCGCCUGGCAGAGAUGUCCCAGAUUGCUAAGGAGCGUGACGAGUACUGCGCGCAAGCAGAUGAACUGCGCGCAUCUGCUGACACGCACCUUCUGCGGAUAUCCACGAAAUCCCAGGAUUGGCGUGGCACGCGCUUGCGCACGCAGAAGUCGCCUCGCUUGUGCACGUGGAAAACUCCUCGCUUGUACACGCGCAAGUUGGAAGGAUGA